GAGAUGAAACAACGUUUUGAGCAUCUUAGCUCAGUUAUGGGGCAGUUUGAAAAAAAUCAGUCAAGACUUCUGGAAAAAUUUUCUACUCAAUCGACACAGUGUAUGAAUGUUAUUAAUAUGAUGAGUGAACUAUGUAAAAAGGGAACAGACAACUUACAUAAAAUACCAGCGCUCACCAAGAGAAUUCAUACUUCAAGUGAUAGCGUUACAGUACAUGGAAUUACAGUGCCAUCAGUUACUAUAAUAAAUGAAACUGAAGAUUCUUAUCUAGAGCCACAAGAAGAUAUCUAUAUAACAAACCAAAGACACGGCAUGGAAAGCUCCUCUACAUAUCAGACUACAGCUAGCACUAUCUUAAGUCCAGAUGACAAACAAAGAAACCAGAUUGUCAAACUAGAAUUACAAGCAUUGGGAUAUGAAGUCAAGAACACUACCAGCACUGGAGAUGAGGAGAAUGUUACAACACAGGACAACAUAGACAGACAUGUAGAGGAAAAAGAACUUAAACUACAAAAUAUAAAGUCUACAAAAAGUGAAAAAGAUGAUUAUAUGGCUGGUAAAAAAUUGGUUGCUGGGAAAAAUAAAACUGAAGAUAUUUCUCUAAAUUCAAAUCCUAAAGACAUUUUUAAAGCAAAUCAGAAACCUGGCACUAAUCGCUUUGUUACACUUCAGAAUACAGGCAGCAUCAUUUUAGAGUCAGAUAACAAACAAAGCAGCCAAAAGGUGAAGCAGGACCUACAAGCACCAAGGUAUGAAGACAAAAACACUACGAGCACUGGGCAUGAUGAAGAGGAUGACGAAGAGGAUGAAACAGCAGAGGAGAACAUACACAGUCCAACAGAGAAGGAAGUUAUUAAAUCACUGAAGGACUCAGAAGGAGGUGGGAAUGAUAACACUGCCAGUGAAAAAGCACUGAUAAAAGAAAUAUUAUUCCUUGAAAAUAAUACAGAAGAUGGUCAAAAACAAUCCAGACAGCAACUAAGUAAAAACGCUGACAGGCAGGAAAAGCUUUCAGAUUUGGCUCAGACUCUGCAAACGAACCAAACUAAGUUUGGGAAAGGCAGCUAUGUUCAAAACAUCAGUGACAGUGAAGUGACUGCAUUAAAAAAUGAAAGUCUACAGCAAAUUAACAAAAACAACAAAACAUCUAACAGAAGUACAUUUAUAAAAGUUGCUAAUGAAACAAGAAACAUUACUUUGUCAGAAGGUAAGAACGCUAAUAAAGAAAUCAGAAGAAAAUAUUUGACAGAUAAUGUAAAACCAAGAGAACGGAUUCCUGAAAAAAUAAAGACAUCUGAUGAUAUUAAUAAAACAGAAGGAAAAUAUUUGCGUGAAAAUAUUACAGAAGAAAAUGACAACAAAGAAGAUGAGGAUAAUAUUUUGUGAUGGUAUGAAAAUGAUACAUGAUGGAGACCAGAAUAGAAGCAACAUUUUAAACUAG